AUGAAUAGAGUGCAAGAUUUCGAGAAAAUCCAACGGGAACGAUUACCAACAUUGUAUGAAGUACUAAUACAAAGGACAUCGCAGCCAGUUGAUCUCUGGACUUUCUAUACGUUUCUUUCGCAAUUUCCAUAUGCCAUCAAUUACCUGGACUUUUGGGUCGAUCUCAUGGCGCACACACGACUUUGUAAGAGCUAUGUCGAGUUGGUAACGAAAUCACUAAUCAAUUUCCCAAAAGAGAAUGGGGGCGCAUCUACGACCACGCUUGAUUUGCUAAACGCACUGAUAGAAGAAGGACACUUAGACCUGGAAGCUCCCGGAAGACUCUUAAAAUCUGACGGUCAAGACAUGCCGUUCUCGCCAAAGUUGAACCAAUUACUGGGAGAUUGGAAACGCCAAUCAGGCAUGAGUCAAGACUCCUUAAGAAGAGAUGACAUAGCGCUAAUCGUGGACGAAAUACUGAAAAGGCGCUCACAACAAGAUGGUAUACCGCAAAUCACUACAAAACAACUGUUUCACAGCGCAGUAGGUCUCUGUAACACCUACUUAGUUUCCCCGGAACAAAGCGAACGGUACCUGAGUAACAUCCCCACGGAAACGCGGAAUCGCAUUAUAGAGGACAUACAGGUCCAGCAAAAAUACGACAUUGAGGUUUUCGAUGAUAUCAAGAACCUGACUUACCAGUUUUUAGAAAUGGACUGCUUCCCGAAAUUUCUAAGCCGGGUCGCCCUACACAACAUUCAUGAUGAGAUAUCCGACUGGAGGUUCCACUCAGUGAACGCUACUAACGAAAAAGGCAAGCGCUUCCGAGGACAAGCACACAUUUCCCGCUCGCCAUUCUCCAACCACACAUCAAUCAGUCGUAUCGGCUUUGGUUUGCUAUGGCUGGGCAUCGGCUUCUGGAUCGGGUACGUACUGAUCUUCCUAGCAUACGGACGCGCCAUCCGUGUUGUUACUGUCGUGCCAUUUGCACUGGGAUGUUACUGUAUUGUGUGCGGUAUGUACCAAGUGGAUAUUGUGUAUUCUUGGUUUGGUGUCACACAAAGACUACUCCACAGACACAAAAACAGUAGCAGUGACCAAGAUGGUGUUUCUGCCGGCUCCGAUCACGUGCCUGUGUUACUUGCCGUGUUUGGCGGCAAGCGCCGUCUGACCCGCGUGAAGCACCCAUUUACUCGGCAGCUUCUGCGUAAGCGUGGAUUGUGGUGUCUAUUACUCGUAGUGGGUGCCACUGCCGCAUUUACGGUUAUUUUCAGCUGUGUUCCUGGCCGUCGUGUAUGA